AUGUGUAUGUGACCAAUAAAAUGUGAUUUUACUUUAUUUGUCUUACAAUUAAACAUCUUACUCUUACUUGUCGAUCCUAGAGAUAUGGAACAAAAUUAUGUGGGACAAUAUGUGUGGAAGGCCAUUGCAAGUAUCAAGUGAAGGAAACAUUCAACUCCUCUGAGAAGGACCUGAGACAACAAGCACUCAGGAAUCAUCUCUGCUAGGUUGGCCCAGACCUAUAACCUGGAUGUGAUGGAAAGUUUGAUCCCUGAGAAGCCUAUGUGUGGGGAGGAGGCUUCCAAGAGACACUCCGUUACCAGGGAGAAUGGUACUGCCAGAGGGAAUGCCAGGUGAAGCACUGGGCCAAACACAAGGCGGCCUGCCAACUGAUGACUGAAGCCACAGAAAAGCUCCAGAAGGACUUGACCAUAACUCCCGAAGAGAGAAAGUCACAGGUGUGAUGAUUGCCUAUGAGUGAAGAAGGAACUGAAGCUGUGACUAACAGAAUGUCUUGGGGUGAGUUCAUUGAGCUCCGUGAGUUGAGGCUGCAUGACAAUGACCGGAUAGAGCUGACCUGCUGCGAGGUGCCUCGCUCACCACCUCGCCUGGAGCGGGCCAAUGCCCUGCGGAUCAGCCCAGGGAAGGUCCCAGAGCUGCUCAGCCGGGUGGGCAUCAUCCGACUGCUGGGGGAUAGCCUGGACCCACGGCUCACAGAUGAGAGGGGAGAGGGACAUGACUUCCAGCCCUGCAGCCAUGCCCAGCCCACCUGGUGUGACCUGUGUGGAGACUUCAUCUGGGGACUGUACAAACAGAGCCUGCGCUGUGCCAAUUGCGGAUUCACAUGUCACUAUCGAUGUCGACCUCUCAUCCAAUUAGAUUGCAGUUUGGAUCGUGGCUCCACAGUUGAACAAACAUGUGCUGUAGAGACUGAUACAAAUGUGGAUGAGCAGGUCAAAUGUGGGAAGCAGCAGGAGCUGUCAGGCACAGAGAUCCAGCAGAAGGUGAAGGAGUACAAUGCUCAAAUCAACAGCAACCUCUUUAUGAACCUGAACAAAGAUGGCUCCUUCACUGGCUUCAUAAAGGUCCAGUUCAAGCUGGUACGACCUGUGUCAGUUCCCCCACCAAGAAAGGGUACUGCAACACAGGAUGGUGCGGGCAAGAAGAAUGGGGGAGUAAAACGUUGCACCUCUUUCUACCUGCCCAAGGAUACAUCUAAACACCUACACAUCAGCUCCCGGACAUGCGCUCGUGAGGUCAUCGAAGCCUUGCUAAAGAAGUUCACUGUGGUGGACAACCCUGGAAAGUUUGCCCUGUUUGAGCGCACCGAGCGUCAUGACCAAGUGUUCCUACGUAAGCUGCCUGAUGACGAGCGUCCACUCGAACUGCGUCUGUGUGCUGGACCCAAUGAGAAAGCCCUCAGUUUGGUAUUGAAAGAGAAUGAGACUGGAGAGGUCAACUGGGAUGCCUUCUCUAUGCCAGAGCUCAAGAACUUUGUCCGCAUGUUACAGCGUGAGGAGGAGGAGCAUGUCAAGCAGAUUUUGCAGCGCUACGCUCUGGCCCGCACCAGAAUGCAGGAGGCCCAAGCUGCUGCUUCCAUCCCUGGUGGUUCCUCCGCUAGUGGUUCUACCCCUGGCUGAGAAACAUGUCGCCUAUGGGACAACCUGCACCUCUGACUGACAACCAUCACAAGAUGACCAGUCAUCACUGCAUCCAAAGAUCCCAGAGAACACAAGUGGACACCUCCCUCAAAGGAGGAGAGUGAAAGAACGAAUGAGAGCGAGAGGGCGCAUGAGAGCAAGAGGGCAAGCGCGUGUGAAUGUGAGAGCUAUCAGAAGUGCCGUACAGCUGGAGAGAGUCUGUUGAUAAUGAGAGUUGAGAAACAGUAUAUGAAACUGUGGCUGAUGAGAGACUGGCUUUGUCCAGUACUGCCUCUCAUUAUGGGGGCGCCAUUUCACUAUCCUGGGUGAGCUACCUGGUUCGUAGCGUUUAUCUCAUUAUUCUUGCUGGCAGUAGGGUCCAUAGAUUAUAUCAUUUAUAGCUUUGGGGUAACGAUCAAAGAUAAUUUUGAGACACCUGAGUGGGGUAAGCCAUAUCAAAAAGCUGUUUAAAUCCCUUAAUGCCAAGCAAUAAGAGGGUAGCCAACCUACUAGCUAAGACAAAUGUUGAACAUAUUCAGGUGCUGUCUGCCUCAGUAUCUCCAGACCCAAAUGCUAGUCAGAAUAACAAGCAAUGGACAUUAUGGGCCAGGUAGGUACCCCAGGUUUCCAUUUGACCCCAAUGUCUGCCACAUACCUCUUGCACAUCCGUACUGUGAUGGAUGUUACUCUUUUUGCUGUCCCUUUAUGAAACUGAGUGGGAGUGCCCCAUGUGUUGGGUGCACUGUGAAUGUCAAUUGAGAGAACAAUCCCCAGGUUGAUUUAAAUGAUAGGGGAAUCUCAUCCUCCAAACACUUUGAACUGGAAGCUGAUGAUUUUUAUGGAAUGUUUGUUUGUUUGUAUAUCUUUUCAUGUUCUUUAUGAGAUUUUAAACCUAAAACAACAGAAUAAUAGAGUUGAGAAUUGGAUUCAUAUUAUCAGUACAUGUCUAUAUUGCUUGAAAUAAUACCUUGACUGUCAAUUAUUCAAAAAAAAAAAGUUUUUACAUGUCCAGUGUCAAUAUAUUUUUUACAAAACAAUAAUAAAUUAGCACUGUUCACAUU